UCAGAUCGAAGCGGACAUUCUGCAGUCAUUGUUGGAGGAUCGUGCGGAGUUGGACGGACUUUCGUACCGAGGUCUUCUGCAGCGUGGCCGGACUGCUUCAGCAUGGAGUUAUGAUGGAAUGGAUAUGAAUAUGAGCCAGUGGGAAGGCAUUCGAGCCCCUCAUCUCCGCCUGGCCUUGCUGCUGCUGUUGGUAUUCUUGAAGUCACCACUCUGCAACGGUCAGAACACCCAUGGGGCUCCUCAAGAUGAAUCUCACUUCAGCUUCACUCAGCCUGUCUACCAUGCCACAAUUUAUGAAAACUCAGCAGCACGCACCUAUGCCAACAGUAAAAUUAAAAUGGGCAUCCACCUCGCCCAGCACUCCUGGGAGAUCCGCUACAGAAUCACCUCAGGUGACGAUGACGGUUUUUUCAAGGCAGAGGAGUAUGUACUCGGAGACUUCUGUUUCUUACGCAUAAGGACUAAAGGUGGUAAUGCCGCCAUAUUGAACCGAGAGAUUCAGGAUAAUUAUGUAUUGACAGUGAAAGCUUCUGUCAAGGGAGAGGCUCUUCUUGAGACCUGGACUAAAGUCAGUAUUCAGGUUUUGGAUAUGAAUGACCUCCGGCCCUUGUUCUCUCCUACCACAUACUCCGUCACCAUAGCAGAGAGUACCCCUCUCAGAACUAGUAUAGCACAAGUUACUGCCACAGAUGCGGAUAUCGGUUCCAAUGGAGAGUUUUACUAUUUUUUCAAGGAAAAAACUGAACUGUUUGCUGUACACCCAACUAGUGGAGUGGUUACUCUCAGUGGAAGGCUUAAUGUCGAUGAGCAGAACCGUUAUGACUUAGAAAUUCUAGCGGUGGACCGUGGCAUGAAGCUUUAUGGAAAUAAUGGUAUCAGCAGCACAGCCAAACUUUUUGUCCAUGUAGAGCGUUUAAAUGAACAUGCUCCACUCAUGAAUGUCCUCACACACAGCCCCUCAUGGCUGGAUAAAAAUCUUGUGUAUGCAGUGGUUACUGUUGAGGACCAAGAUGAAGGCUUAAAUGGAGAAAUAGAUUCCUUGGUCAUUGUAGGAGGAGAUCCGUCAGAGCAGUUUUUUGUUGACAGAACUAAAGAAGGAGAGUUUGCUAUUAAAGCCUUUGAGUCAAUAAGUCAAAUGUACCCUUAUGGCUGUAAUCUUAGCUUGCAGGCUAAAGACAGGGGCACCCCACAGAAGUUAUCUGCUGUUGAAGUCAUCCAAAUCAAGGUCGAAAAACAUCAAAAUUCAGAUGCUAAAUUUAUGCAAGAGUUGUAUGAUGUCAGUUUAAAUGAAAUUUCACCUCCAGGUACACUUGUAGUGGCUGUUAAAAUCACACCAGAACCUGAUGAUGCAGAAUAUAUCUUAACAACCUCUGCGGAUUCAUCCUUUUUUCAAAUGAAUACCCUAACGGGUGUAAUCUCUACUGCUCGCUGGUUCACUCAGGUGUUCCAGGAUGUCUUUAAUCUUGAAGUAGUGGAAAUGGAUAGUAAUCUCAAAGUUAAAGUGAGGGUAACCAUUGAGGAUGCCAAUGAUCACACACCAACAUUUGCUCAGUCCUCUUAUGAGGUUUUUGUUAAUGAAAGUGUACCAGUUGCAACCAGUGUAUUAACAAUUUCUGCAGUUGAUAAAGAUAAAGGUGAAAAUGGAUACAUAACUUACAGCAUUUCCAGUCUUCAGCCAUUACCCUUUAAAAUCAAUCAGUUUUCUGGUGUUAUAAGCACUACUGAAGAGCUGGAUUUUGAAUCCUCAUCAGAAAGCUUUAUGUUCAUAGUCAGAGCAUCUGACUGGGGGUCUCCUUACAGACGAGAAAGUGAAGUCAAUGUAACAAUCCAUCUAGAAAAUGUAAAUGAUAAUCAGCCAUUGUUUGAGAAGGUAGCAUGCCAGGGGAUUAUUCCUGAGGAUUUUCCAGUAAAUGAAGUUAUUACUACAAUGUCUGCAAUUGAUAUAGAUGAAUUAGAGUUAGUGAAAUAUAAGAUUAUUUCAGGUAACGAACAGGGGUACUUUGACCUCAACCCAGAUUCAGGGGUUCUUGCACUGCAGCAUUCUCUCUCAAGAGCCCAUCCAAAGAGUGGUUUAUUUAGUUUAAAAAUAACUGCCACUGAUGGUGAGAGCUUUUCGGAUCCUAUGUUUGUCAAUAUCUCAGUUGUUUAUGGAAAAUCUUCUUCCAAACGUUUCACAUGUAAAGAAACAAAUGUGGCUCAAAAAUUAGCUGAAAAGUUACUGAAAAAGUCCAAAGCUAGCAAUAAACCUAAAAUUGAGGAAGGUUUUAUUGACCUUUUUUCUGUGAAUCGGCAGACACCCCAGUUUGACAAAACAUUUCCCACAGAUAUUACUGUGCAGGAAGACCUUAAGGUAGGCUCAAGUGUUUUCAAUGUGAAUGCCUAUGAUGGGGACACAGGUUUCAAUGGUCAAAUUCUAUACUCUAUUUCAGAUGGAAAUAUUGAUAACUGUUUUACCAUUGACAUACAGACGGGACUUAUCAGUGUGUUCCUACACAUGGACAGAGAAAAAAGAGAUCGCUAUCUCCUCAACUUAACUCUCUAUGACCUUGGCCUUCCACAGAAAAGUUCCUGGCGGUUGCUUACUGUCUAUAUAGAAGAUGCAAAUGAUAAUGCACCCCAAUUUUUGCAAGAAGGAGGCUUUAGAAUUGUCAUACCUGAAAACCUAGCCAUAGGUACUGACGUCAUCCAGGUUGAGGCCAUUGACAAAGAUCUUGGGCCCAAUGGCGAGAUUGUAUACUCUCUUUUGACAAGCACCACUCAGUUUGGUAUCAAUUCCACUAGUGGGAUAUUAUAUGUUGCUGGCCAACUAGACAGGGAGUUUGUCUCUACGUUUAACCUAAAAAUUGAGGCUCGGGACAAAGCGGAGAAAGGAAGCCAGAAGUUUUCUGUAACCACACUGAAAAUCAUUUUGGAGGAUGUAAAUGACUGUCCUCCACUAUUUAUCCCUGCUGUGUACAGAACCAGGGUUCUGGAGGAUCUCCCAGUAGGAACAGUUGUAGCCUGGUUAGAAACUCUGGAUCCAGAUUUGGGGUUGGGAGGCCAGGUUCGGUACUCCCUAGCCAGUGAUUAUAAUGGAUGGUUUGAAGUAGACAGGGCAAAUGGAGUUAUUCGACUCACAAAGGAGCUGGACUAUGAGACACAGCAGUUCUACAACCUUACUGUAAAGGCCAAAGACAAAGGAAGGCCUGUUUCUCUUCUUUCUGUUACCUUUGUGGAGGUGGAGGUUGUAGAUGUGAAUGAAAACCUCUAUGCCCCAUACUUUUCUGAUUUUGCUUUGACUGGAUUAGUUAAAGAAAAUGCCCGGAUUGGAACCACUCUACUCCAGGUCACAGCUAAUGAUGAUGAUGCUGGCAGAGAUGGAGAAGUUCAGUACUCCAUUCGAGAUGGGAGUGGGCUUGGAAGAUUUGCCAUAGAUGAAGAGACAGGCGUGAUCUACACCACUGAUAUGUUGGACCGAGAGAGCAAGGACUCCUAUUGGCUAACAGUUUAUGCCACCGACCACGGUGUGGUUCCUCAGUUCACCAGUAUUGACGUAUUUAUCCAGGUGGAGGAUGUUAAUGACAACGCCCCGUUGACUUCUGAACCUCUGUACCGAACCUCAGUGCCUGAGAAUUCUCCACGUGAUGUUUCUGUAAUCCAGAUCGAGGCUCAAGAUCCUGAUGCCACACUCUCCACUACUGCUGAGAGGCUCAACUACCGCAUUAUUAGUGGAAACCCACAGAAUUUCUUCACCGUCAAUACCCGCACUGGUCUGAUCACCACAACCUCCCGGAAACUGGAUCGUGAACAACAAACAGAGCAUAUUUUAGAGGUGUUGGUGUCAGAUGGUGGCCCUAAUCCCAAGCAAAGUACUGUUUGGGUGAUAGUUCAAGUCCUGGAUGAAAACGACAACAAGCCCAUAUUUCCUGAGAAGGUGUAUCAAGUCAAACUUCCAGAGAGGGAGCGUAGAAAGAAGGGAGAACCAAUCUAUCGGGUGUUUGCCUAUGACCGUGAUGAUGGGCCAAACUGUGACCUCUCCUACAGCAUUGUGGAUGGCAAUGAGGAUGGGAAGUUCUUCAUCGACCCCAAGACAGCAGUGGUAUCUUCACGCAAGGCCUUCAGUGCAGGGAGCUACGACAUCCUGACUAUCAAAGCAACAGACAAUGGACGUCCUCAGAAAUCCUCCACAGCGCGACUCCACAUUGAGUGGAUCCGCCGACCGCCAGCUCUCACUCUACCGCUGAUUUUUGAUGAACCAUUCUACAAUUUCACUGUGAUGGAGAAUGACAGGGUGGCUGAGAUUGUGGGUGUGGUAUCUAUGCAGCAGAGCUCCACCCCUUUGUGGUUUGACAUCACAGGUGGGAACAGUGACAGUGUGUUUGAUGUAGCGAAGACUGUGGGCACCAUCAUCAUUGCCAAACCUCUUGAUGCUGAACAGUGCUCCUUCUACAACAUGACAGUGCAGGCUACAGAUGGCACCAACACUGCAUAUACCCAGAUUCACAUUACUGUUAUGGACAGCAAUGACAAUGCUCCCAUCUUCUUCCAACCAACUUAUGAUGUCGUUGUUUCUGAAGAUACACCACCUGACACUGAAGUGGUCCAGGUUCAGGCAUCUGACCGUGAUAAGCAUCAACAGUUGACCUACUCUCUGCAGAGUUCCAUAGACCCAAACACCAUGGGUCUGUUCCGCAUUCAUCCCACCCAGGGCACUAUCUACACUACUCAGAGGCUUGACCAUGAGGCCUGUUCACGACACAUUCUCACUGUGACUGUAAAGGAUCAAGAAUUCCCAUACAGAAAAGAUUUGGUCCGUGUACUAAUAGAAGUGGAAGAUGUAAAUGACCACGUACCAAUUUUUACCAGUGCUCUGUAUGAAGGCUCAGUAUAUGAGUCAGCAGCAGUGGGAUCAGCUGUAGUCCAGGUAACUGCCCUAGACAAAGAUAAAGGCGAGAAUGCAGAGCUACACUACUCUAUUGAAGCAGGCAACAGUGGAAAUACAUUCCAAGUUGAGCCAGUUUUGGGUGUCAUCACUGUUGCGCAUGAGCUGGACCUAUCCAGCAUAGGCCAUUAUAUUCUCACUGUCAGAGUAAUUGACAGUGGCUCCCCCCCACUUUCCACUACCACAAUAGUGCGGAUUGCUGUCACUCUAUCUGAUAAUGCUGGUCCAAAGUUCCCUCAACCUGAGUAUCAGACUGAAAUCAUGGAGAAUGCAUUGGUUGGGACCUCUGUCAGUACAGUCAGUGCUGUCAGCCAGUCCACCCUCAAUUAUGACAUCAAGCAGGGCAAUACCAAUCAUGUUUUUCAGAUAAAUCAGUAUAGUGGAGUGAUUACUACUCAAAAAUCGCUUGACUAUGAGACUACAACUUCUUACACACUGAUAGUCCAGGCUAUUAACAUGGCUGGCAUGGCCUCCAAUGCUACUCUGUUAAUCCAGGUAGUGGAUGAUAAUGACAACCCACCAGUGUUCCAGGAGCUUCACUACCAUGGGAGUAUUAGUGAGGCAGCACCAAUUAACAGUGUAGUCUUAAACUUAGAUGGUUCACCUCUAGUAAUAAAAGCCACUGAUGCUGACCGUAACCAAAAUGCACUGCUGGUAUACCAGAUUAUUGAAGACACAGCAAAAAUGUUCUUCACCGUGGACUCAGGAACUGGCUCCAUCAGAACUAUUGCUAAUUUAGAUUAUGAAACCUUUACUAUCUUUCAUUUCCACGUACAUGUGAGAGACAACGGAACGCCACAGUUGACAGCAGAAAGUCCAACUGAGGUCACAAUACAAGUGAUUGACACAAAUGAUUCCCCACCUCGCUUCACCCAGAGUUCUUAUGAAACAGUCCUGUUACUCCCCACUUAUGUUGGAGUUGAAGCACUUCAGGUUUCAGCUGCAGACCCUGACAAAAACAUCACUACAGAGCUUAUAUACUCUCUGACUGAUGGAGAACUGCAGCACUUUGCCAUCAAACCUUCAAGUGGAAUUAUUGUAGUCAAAAACAACAACUUUUCCAAAGAGCGUUUCCGCUUCAGUGUCAGAGUUUCAGAUGGUAAAUUCUCUAGCAUGGCUUUGGUGACUAUAGUUGUCAGAGAAGCUCUAGACUCUGGUCUCAGCUUCACCCACAGUAUUUACUCUUCAUCUAUUAAAGAGAAUAUAUUGAAUAUCACAAAGGUAGCUGUGGUCAAUGCUAUUGGAAACCGUCUGAAUGAACCACUAAAGUACAACUUGUUGAAUGCUGGUACACAUUUCAAAAUUCGCCCAACAUCUGGAGUCAUCGAGACCACAGGUAUAGCAUUUGACCGUGAAGAGCAAGAGUUCUAUGAACUGGUAGUUGAGGCAAGAAAGGAGCAUGACCCUCUCCAUGUGGCUAGAGUCAUAGUUAGAGUCCAAGUUGAAGACAUAAAUGAUAAUGCCCCUGUGUUUGUUGGACUUCCUUAUUAUGCAGCUGUUCAAGUAGAAGCUGAACCAGGAUCACCCAUUUUCAGGGUCAUGGCAGUAGAUGGUGACAAAGGAAUUAAUGGGCAAGUAUCUUACUAUCUCAAAGAUGACCAUGGUCAUUUUGAAAUCAACAGGCAGACAGGUAGUCUCAGCCUCAAGAGGUCUUUUGAGUCUGAUUUGUCCAAUGUGGAAUACCGAAUGGUGAUAUAUGCCAGAGACAGUGGUUAUCCACCCCUUUCAUCUACAAUAGAGUUUCCCAUCACUGUAGUCAACAAAGCCAUGCCUGUUUUUGCCAAAUCAUUUUAUACUGUUGCUGUGAAUGAGGAUGUAGCUGUGCACACACCUAUCCUUGGCAUCAAUGCCUCAAGCCCUGAAGGACAAAGCAUCAUCUACACAAUUGUUGAUGGAGAUCCAUCCCUACAGUUUGACAUUGGUUUUGAUACCGGAGUCAUAAGUGUCAUCCAUGCUUUGGAUUUUGAGGCAACAUCAUCUUACCACCUGACUGUUAGAGCCACAGACUAUCUUACUGGUGCCCAUGCUGAGGUUGAUGUAGAUGUGUUUGUCCAGGAUGUCAACGAUAAUCCACCUAUCUUCCAGAAAAUGACCUACAGGGUAGUUUUAUCUGAAACAGCCAUGAUUGGAACGCCAGCACUCCAAGUAGUUGCCACAGACAAAGAUUCAGAGAAAAACAAUGUUGUCCGCUACCAGAUCUUCUCGAAUUCACGUAAUAAUACAGAGUACUUUCAUAUUGACAGUAGCAGUGGAUUAAUCCUGACAGCUCGUAUGCUAGACCAUGAACUACUCCAAAAAUAUGACUUUAUUGUCAGGGCAACUGAUAAUGGUUUUCCACCGCUGAGUAGCGAAGUGUCUGUGACAGUCAUGUUGAAUGACAUAAAUGACAAUCCUCCAGUUUUCAACCAGCUGCUCUAUGAGGCAUAUGUGAAUGAGUUGGCAACAAGGGGUCACUUUAUAACCUGUGUCCAGGCAUCUGAUGCAGACAGCUCAGAUUUUGACAAGUUGGAGUACAGUAUUUUAUCAGGAAAUGAAAAAAGGAAUUUUGCAAUAGAAAAAAAGACAGGGAUAAUCACACUGUCCAGCCACCGUAAGCAAAGAAUGGAGCCUGCCUAUAGUCUCAAUGUUUCAGUAUCUGAUGGGGUGUUCACCAGCACUGCACAGGUUCAUGUAAAAGUGUGGAGGGCCAAUCUGCAUAGUCCAGUGUUUGAACAGAAUAUGUAUGAGGCGGAGCUAAGAGAGAAUGCUGCUGUGGGAACCAAAGUUAUACAGGUCAAGGCAACAGAUGCAGACCCAGGAGAGUUUGGGCUCAUAACUUAUUCCUUUGUGAAUGAUGUUGGUAAGGACAAGUUUAGCAUCGAUGCAAAUGGUCAGAUCUACACCACAGAAAAACUUGAUCGUGAGGAUCCAGCUAACAAAGACAUUGUUCUCACAGUGGCGGCCCAAGAUUUAGGUGGACAAGUCUCUUACUGUACAGUACAAGUUACUCUAUUGGACGAUAAUGAUAAUGCACCUUGUUUCCGUGCCACAGAGUAUCGAGCUUCAGUGAAAUCUGAUGUGGCUCAAGGUUUUUUGGUGACACAGAUUCAGGCCCAUGAUCCUGAUCAUGGCAUUAAUGCUAAAGUGACAUAUUCACUUUACAGUGAGGCAAAUGUACCAGUGGUAGACAUUUUGGAGAUAGACCCGGACAAUGGAUGGAUGGUGACUAAAGGCAGUUUCAGCCAUUUCAGAAAUUCUGUAUUAUCUUUCUUUGUGAAGGCUGUUGAUGGAGGAAAUCCAGUCAGACACUCUCUAGUAUCUGUCUAUAUCCACGUUCUUUCUCCAGAGACUUUUAUUCCAUCCUUUAGCCAAUAUCAUUAUUUAUUCAAUACACCAGAGAACACUCUUAUUGGUUCAGUCAUAGGAACAGUUCACCUCAACGCUCCUCUUGAAUUUACAUCACUCUCUACUACUUUUGCCCUGGUUAAUGGAGAGGCUGGUGAAAACAACCACGAUGGUGUGUUUGUGGUGGAAAAGCAUACUGGAGUGAUCAAACUUGAUAAGCCUUUGGACUACGAGGUGAUCAAAGGAUACUACUUCAAAGUCACUGCCACGGCACAACAGGCUAAGCUUGAUUCGGUGAGUUGUGUUGAAGUUGAAGUCAAGGUAUUGGAUUUGAAUGACAACAAACCAGCUUUUGAGGCCAACUCAUAUGAUACCACCAUUAUGGAAGGAAUGCCAGUUGGAACCAGAAUCAUUCAAGUUCAAGCAAGAGACCCAGAUUCUGGAGCAAAUGGCCAGGUAACAUAUAAACUUGGUUCAUUAAUCCAGUUAAAAGAGGAUUCAGACACACUGGUCAGCACUUUUAGCAUUGACAGCAAUACUGGUUGGAUCACUACACGCAAAGACCUGGAUCAUGAAACUAGCCCCUCGUACACUUUUACAGUGGUGGCCUCAGACCUUGGGGAGACCCUGACUCUUUCCAGUACAACCACUGUCACAGUUUCAUUGUCAGACAUCAAUGACAACCCUCCCAGGUUCAUGGAGAACCACAUCUUUGGUUCUGUUCAGGAGAGUGACCGCCCAGGAGAGGUUGUGGCUGUGCUGAUAACUAGAGAUGAUGAUAGCUCUGCCUUCAACCGUCAAGUCAGCUAUCACAUCACUGGUGGGAACUAUCGUGGUGUAUUUGCCCUGGGUCUGGUCCAGGGUGAGUGGAAGAUGUAUGUAAAGGGCCCACUCGACAGGGAAGAAUGCAACCUAUACAACAUCAACGUCACAGCUAGUGAUGGAUUGUUUGUUUCCCAAGCAACAGUAGAAGUGACAGUGGUAGACACCAAUGACAACAGCCCAAUCUGUGACAAGGUUAUGUAUACUGCCUACAUUCCAGAGGACCUCCCAGUCACUAGUGUUUUGUUGAGGGUUGGAGCUACAGAUGCUGAUAUGGGUAUCAGUGCUUGGAUUCAGUACUCUCUACAUGGUCCUGGAUCCCAAGACUUCACUAUUGACCCAGACAGUGGUGAGAUCAAGUCAUCUGUGCCUCUGGACCGUGAGAUGACACCUAGUUAUCAACUGGUUGCCCAGGCUACUGAUGGUGGUGGGCGGUGGUGCCAUGCUGUGGUGUAUCUGACAGUAACUGAUGUGAAUGACAAUCCACCUAUUUUCACCCAGUCUCGGUACACCACCAGCGUUUAUGAAGACACAGUCACCAAAGCCCUACUUACACGUAUCCAGGCCAUAGACCCUGAUGAAGGUCCGGGGCGUAUGGUGAUCUAUUCCCUGGCUGACUCUGCAGGAGGAUUUUUCUCUAUCGACAAAUACUCAGGCAUCGUGGUCCUGGAAAGAGUUCUCGACCGUGAAAUCCAGCCAUUUUAUCAGAUAACAGUUUGUGCAUCUGAUCAAGGCUCACCACUCCCACUCUACUCACUGGUCAAUGUCACAAUUACUGUCCUGGACAUCAAUGACAAUCCACCUGUGUUUGAGCGACGUGAUCAGUUGGCAUCUGUGCCAGAAGAUGUGGGAGUAGGUACUGAAGUUCUGAGAGUUUACGCUGCCAGCAAGGACAUCGGGACUAAUGCUGAGAUUACUUACAGUAUCCGAUCAGGGAAUGAGCACGGAAAGUUCCACAUUCAUCCACUCACUGGUGCCAUUUUAGUUGCCCAGCCUCUUGAUUAUGAGACCUGCAGAGAUUACUUCCUGACAGUAGAGGCUCGUGAUGGUGGCACGCCCUCUUUGAGUGCCAUUACUACUGUGAACAUAGACCUAACAGAUGUAAAUGACAAUCCACCCAUGUUUAGCCGCAGUGUCUACACUGCAGUGGUGUCAGAGGAUGCCACUGUUGGCGAGCCUAUUGUUCAGCUGAAAGCAGAUGAUGUGGACAGUCAGCUGAAUGGAGCCGUCUUCUACUCCAUUGUCAGUGGAGACAGACACAACCAGUUCCUCAUUGACCCACUCAGUGGAGUCAUCAAGGUCAACAAGCAACUGGACCGUGAGACUCUUUUCCUGCAGGUGACAGAUUCGGGGAAGCCUCCUUUGUCAUCCUCCUCCAUACUCACAAUCAGGGUGAUUGAGGAGAGCCUCCAUCGACCAGUAGCAGUACCACUGGACAUUCAUAUUGUUACUAUGGAGGAUGAAUUUCCUGGUGGUGUGAUUGGUCAGCUACAUGCCACCGAUGCUGACCCUUAUGAUGUUUUGACUUUUGGUCACGCUCCUUCAGCUCAACGUAGUCUCUUUAAGAUUAGUCCUCAUGAUGGAAAGAUCAUAGCCCUGGGUGGUUUGGAUGCAGGCAGGUACUUUCUUAAUGCUAGUGUCAGUGAUGGCCGCUUUGCUGUUCCUGUACCCGUAAGUGUGCAUGUGGAGCAGGCAACACCAGACAUGUUGCGUGAAGCAGUGACAGUGCGUUUUGAGAGAGUGGCACCACAAGACUUUGUGGCGUUGUACUUGAAAAGCAUGUUAAAUGUGCUCCAGCAGUGUGCUGCUACUCAACAGCAGGACUCACUGCAUUUGCUAAGUUUGCAGCCAGUUGGAGGGACGCAACAGCUGGAUAUGCUCAUCACCAUGGAAAAAGCAGGUGGUGGAUACUAUAAGGCAGCCUACCUCACCCAAAAACUAAGUGCAUCACGGCGAAACCUGGAGGAAGUGCUUAGAGUGUCAGCUAUCCUGGAUAAGAACUGUUCUGGAUUAGACUGUCGUGGGGCUCAGUGCGAACAGAGCAUUGUCUUGGAUUCACACAAUCUCGCUACAUAUAGUAACCCACGGGUCAGCUUUGUCUCACCUCGCUUUCACCGGACCUCACGCUGUACAUGCAAUGAUGACAGCUGUUCUGUCCUGUCAGAACAAUGCGAGGACCAACCCUGUCCACCAGACAUGCAGUGUGUUUCAAUAGAGGCCAAUAGAGGGCGUUAUGCAUGCCAGUGUCCACAAGGCAAACUUGGAGAGUGUGCAGGACAUUCAUCUUUGAGUUUCUCAGGUAACAGCUACAUCAAGUACAGACUCUCUGGCCAGCUGCAAACAGAGUUGAAACUGAGCCUGAGGAUCAGAACACUGCAGAGCCAAGGAAUUAUCAUGUACACACACACUGAGCCCUGCACUGUGCUUAAGUUGGAGGAUGGGAAGCUGUGGUUCCAGUUGGCUUGUGGCCUUGGUGGAAAUGAUGACAGCCCUGACAUGCUGGGCAUCUCGGGUCGUCGUAUCAAUGAUGGGAGCUGGCACACAAUUGGACUUGAACUGAAUCGCAACUUCAGCAGCUUGGCACUUGAUGACAGCUAUGUUGAACGACGCCGUGGACCAUCAUUUGUACAGAGACUACCUACAACUAUCUUCUUUGGAGCACUGGUGCAGCCCCCAAACUCUCGUAGCCUCAUGGAAUUCCAGAAGGACCCCCGGGUGCUUUAUGGAUUCCAAGGUUGCCUGGACUCUGUAAUGCUGAACAACAAUGAGCUCCCAUUGCAGAACAAACGUUCGCAGUAUGCAGAGGUGGUGGGACUGACAGAGCUGAAACUGGGUUGCAUUCUCUACCCUGAUGCAUGUCUGCAGCAGCCAUGUCACAACGGAGCUACUUGUACAAGUCUACCUGCUGGUGGGUUCUCAUGCAGUUGUAAACCCCAGUACACUGGGGGGCACUGUGAGAUGGAGAUAACAGCAUGUGUUCCCAACCCGUGUCAUAACGGCGGUGUGUGUAAGCCCAUUGGCAAUGCAUUUCUUUGCAGCUGCAGGAGAGGCUUCAGGGGCCUGAUUUGUGAGGAAGAUGUGAACGAAUGUGACCGCAGGAAUCCAGAGGGGGAGUGUGAGAAUGGUGGCACCUGCAUCAACACUCACGGCUCCUUCUACUGUAACUGCACGGCAGGCUUUGUGGGUCAGCGCUGUGGCCUGAGGCCUGUUGUUGUCCCCGACAUGCAGGCUGGUCAUGCUGUGGUUGGUAGGGAGGAGCUUAUUGGCAUUGCUGUCGUACUUUUUGUCAUCAUCACCCUCAUCAUCCUCUUCAUUGCAUUCCGCAAGAAGGUCUUCCAGAAAAACUACUCGCGGAACAAUCUAUCUCUGGUGCAGGACCCAGCCACUGCAGCACUCCUUAACAAGGCCAAUGGUGUUCAGUUUAAGACCUUACACUGCACCUCAGGAGACCCUCUCAACCUGUACUCAGAGCCAGGUAUGGAGUCUGCCAUGUUGGGAGGGGGUGGGAUGAUGGGACCUCCACAGGUCCCUGUUAGACCCAUGGCAUACACGCCCUGUUUCCAAGGAGACCCACGUUCCACGCUAGAGAAGAUGGCAGAUGGACGCAGUGUGGAACAUACAGAGAUGAGUACCUUUCACCCUGAGUCACCAAGGAUCCUUUCAGGAACCACUAGGAGAGGGGUGGUGGUGUGCAGCGUGGCCCCCAACCUUCCACCAGUCUCACCAUGUCGCUCAGACUGUGACUCCAUAUGCAAGAGCCCAUGGGAUAAUGAUGAGUGUAAGGUGGGCGACAUGGCAGAAGAAGUAACAUGUUUCUCAGGAAGCAACAAAGGCAGUAACUCAGAGGUCCAGUCACUGAGCUCCUUUCAGUCUGAUUCUUGUGAUGACAAUGCAUAUCACUGGGAUACAUCAGACUGGAUGCCAAGCCCGAGGCUCUCAGACAUUGAAGAGGUGCCAGGCUACGAGGCAAGUCAUGGAAACGAAGUAGCAGGCUCGACCCCUUGCCUUAGCGAAAGUACUCGAGAACUGGAGUCAGAUUACUAUCUAGGGGGCUAUGACAUCGACAGUGACUAUCUCCCUCCCCACGAAGAAGAGUUCCUUAAUCAAGACCAACUGCCACCUCCACUGCCCACAGGUGAGGAUUAUACUGAGCCCUAUGCACCAUUUUCUACCAAUACAUCACUUUCCAAGGAGAGCACACUGAGCACAAGGCAUCAGCAUGCCAGACCAUAUUUCCACCCUAGCCAGUACCUACCUCCCCAUCAAAUACCCACUGGGGAGGUGCCAAAUGAAGUUUUUAGCUCUUCAGUGAGUGGGCGAACACCAGGAAAUGGGGACACUGAUGACUCUGUGUCCCGAAGUAUCCGACUGUCCGUUGGUGCAUCAUCAGCCUCAGACAUGUCAACCCCCUGUGGGCUGGAUGACUCUGAACAUGGCAGUGACUUUGACAGUAUGGAUGAGCUUCAUCGAGGGGUGACCAUCAUCACGGACUCACAGCAACAGACCGAGGUGUGAUUAGCUAUACAGCACAAGAGUACCAACCAGUGGGAGCAUAGCAGUUGUGCAGAUAGAAGAUGCAAAGGAUUCUGUUAUGACUGGGCAAGGUAAACUUCUUCAGCAGUACUAGGUACUGCUACAACUAUAUACAUUAACAGUAAAUUUUUUUUUAAAAAAUCACCAUUUCACCUCACUGAACUGUGACCAACAGAAUAACAAUAUUAACUGGAUUGUCAGUUCUAACCCCACUGUGUAGACCAGUUAGGAAUGAUUUUCCUACUGUAAUAGGAAUUUACUUGGAAUAUGAAAAGAAUGGGAUAGAGAAUGUGAACAUGAAAGAAUGAUUAUGGACGUGGUAGACAGAUUUAAAACAAACAAAACUAAAGGGACAAUGAUUUAAGUGACACAUUUGUAUGUUUUUUUUGGUCCUUCGCAGAAGCCCAUCGGACAAUUUUUUUUCUAUUUAAAACAAUAAAAUAAAAUUUAAAAAAUGUAAAUUUUCCUCCAUGCUUUGUAAACUUUGUAGUGUGCUGAACUGUACAGACUGUAAAGUAUUUUGACCUCACUGGUGAAAAGUAUGAAAAGAUACUUUAAAAGCCAUUUUUGUUUCAAUGUAAAAUGUGCCCAUCCACACCUCACCUGUAUGCUCCCUGCUCCAAAUCUUUAAAAGACAAUUACAUUUCAAACUUUCUCUUUCCUUAGCUUGAAAAUUAAAUUUUUCAUGAUUUUUUUUUUUAAAUUCUGUUGUGUGGAUGCCAAAAGCUGCUGUAGUUGUUAAUGUAUGAUAAAAUCUAUUAUAAUAAAUUGUACUAAAAAUUGAUAUUGAAAUGUUAUGCAUACAUAAGAUAAAGAAUUUAUGUUCAAUUUUUAAAUAGAAUGGGUAUCCUGGGAUUGAUAUUUAAUUUUCACCCAGUAUUGUUUUAUUAUAAGGAUAACAUGCUUACCACCUUCACUGACUAUUGUGCUCUGUUCAUAGUUAUGGUCAUCUUGUGUUUUAUAAUUUCAUUAGUUUUAUACACAUUUAUAUAACCUCUGCCCUCGGUUCCCUCAAGUACUUUCAGGUCAGUUCAAUUUUGAGGUACUCAUACAUUUAACUGAGAAAUGGAGGAGAAUAUGUUCCUACAUUUUUAGAACUGGUUUGGAUCAAAGGUGCUGAGAAAAAAUAUUCCACGCACCUCUGCUUUCUUUAAUUUUGUGUGAAACACAUUCUAAAUUCUAUCUAUAUGCUAAGAUGUACAUUCAGAUUAAAUAUAAAAUAAAACAAAUGCAACCUGAGUAAACACAAAAUAUUAACUUUUGACUUUUAACCUCAUCAAAUAUCUUAAAGAAAUUAAA